AUGGAAACGGGCGAGGGAGAAGCUAAAUAUGUAAAGAUUCGUCAAAAUGAAUUUUCAAACUUGAAUACAUUAUUGGAUUGGAAUGAGAAGAAGAAUGAGAGGGUGGGUGGUUGGGGGGCGGUAAUUAAAAGCAGCGAGAAAAUUAUAAACCGUGGCUGUAUAGUUUUAUUAUUAGCAAUUCUGAAGAGUUUCGGCGUGAUGGCUGCGAUUUUCGACGACAUUUUCGAGGGACUUUUCUCCAAAAGUCAAAAUGGCUUUUCGUGGCUUUUCGUUCGUUGUCGACCGCACUCGCUUUGA